ACUCAACAAAAAAAGUGCGAGGCAGCAAAGUAAAUGGCGUCUCAAGUUGUUUUUUAUUCAAUAUCAAUGUGUUUCUAAUCUCACAAUGUCAUUUCUUAUGUUGGCGUGUCAGUAGUAUUGACUUAAUCUAUAUCUUUAAUGUUUCAUUGACGAUUAGUGGUUAUUUAGUCGACGUUUCACUUUUUGCUGUAAAACAAUGGCGUCGAAUGAUUCCAUAGAAUCCCAGGUAAAAGUUAGUGAAAAUCGUGAUACCGUGGACGAUUGCUACAGUUCAUGCAGCGAGACGGACGCCGGUGAAGGCAUCAAGCGUCGUCGAGUGACUCAUGACUACCGAAAACUUUCGAAAUUGGGAUACGAUCCAAGUGUGCCAACUAAUUUGAAACACGCAUCAACUAGCGAUUUCAAAGUGAGAAAGCGCAAACUUAGUGGUGAAUCCACAGAACUCUGCGUUUGGGGUGAGAAUUCUCGACCAGCAAAGUAUAGCAAGAUAUGGCCGGUGUUUGAUUCUGGAGGAUUUGGUGAUACUGCAGUACUUACACUUCACAUACUGCAAAAGUCUCAACCAAUGAAGAACUCAUUACUCUUUAAUAGAAACAAUGAUUUACAACAACCAUGCGUUGAUUGGUUUGGAGGCAUCAAUGCAUCAUGGAAGCAGACAAAGCUUUCCAACACAAUACCACAAGAUGACUUAACCAAGAGGAUCUAUUCCUCUGUUUCUCGUCAACUAAGAAUAAUCAACGGACACUUCCAAACGUCCAUGUUCAAAUACAAAUAUCCAAAAGUGACAAGAGCUAAUGUACUUCUGGAAUCAUCUACUUCUAGACGUCUGUCGACACAUAUCAGUCUAUCGUUGAAAGCUAUAAAGUUUCAAUCGACACCGAGGAGAGAGUUACCGUGCUAUGGUAAUUUAGAAUUGCCGUUGAAGCUUAAACAAGAAAAUGCAUCAUCACAAUUCUAUCCAGCUAUAAGUAGGAGUGUUAAAACCGAGACAGAUAAAGUGCAAAGUGCUAUUAAGGUGAAAGUUGAACGAGACAGCAUUAAAAAUGAAGGAGAAAUUGAGAAAAGCAGAGAUAAAGAAAGGGAAAGAGAUAGGUCGUCCCACUCGUCCCGCCACUCGUGCCAGCAGUGUCGGCGCCGCUCGCGGGUGAAGCGCUGCUCCAUCGGCGUGCAGUGCCGGCGCGAGCGCACGGGGCCCGUGUGGGGCCCACUGGCGCACAGCCUGGACCUGAAGGGGCUCAAAUACCAUAGGUUAAUGCGAGUAGAGACACAUCCGAACGGCGGCGCUAGUGUGGUGUAUCUCAACCAACAAGAUGUGGAUAUGUUAAGUCCUCCACAACAGGAAACACUCGCUAAGGAGUUUUUGAAGCUCGUUUUCUCCGAGAACAGUGAGGGUUGGGCUAACUUCGUUUGCGGAGUGGUCCGGGGAGCAGCCGCGAGGCUCCCUUGCCUGUUGCAGUAUUUAUCAGAGAAGUACCCAACAUUGACUGUAAAAGCAGGUGUUCUGGCUAGGGCGUCUGAUAUUGAGACCACAACUAUAAGCCGUUAUUAUCAACAGGUGCAGCAGUCAUACUCAGCGGGAACAUUUCGUUCUGGCCCACUGCACCAGAUCUCGUUGGUGGGGACUGUGCACGAGGAGGUUGGGGGUUACUUUCCCGAUAUGUUGCGUAUGCUGUCCGAUUGCCCCUUUCUUAACCUGACAAUGCCUUGGGGUCCGAUGUCAGCCGUGGAUAUGGAUCCUCAGGAGUCCAACGACGGUCCCAUACUGUGGAUCAGGCCGGGAGAACAACUUGUACCGACAGCAGAACUCGGAAAGAGUCCCAUUAAGAAAAGGAGGACGGGCAUGAACGAGCUGCGCAACCUGCAGUACCUGCCGCGCUGGAGCGAGGCGCGCGAGUUCCUGUUCGAGGACCGCACGCGCGCGCACGCCGACCACGUGGGCCACGGCCUCGAUCGGAUCACCACCGCUGCCGUCGGAGUCCUUAAGGCGAUACACUGCGGUGAUGAAUCAGACCGUGGCAGGAUAACCAAAGAUGUGGUAGCUUUUCAUGCAGGGGAUUUCAACAAACUGGUGCAAUUAUUACAGUUAGAUCUCUACGAGCCACCCAUCUCUCAAUGUGUCACAUGGUUAGAAGAAGCAAAAUUAAACCAACUUCGUCGAGAAGGCGUCCGAUAUUCAAGACUACCUUUGUGCUCGGACGACAUUUACUUCUUACCGAGGAAUAUCAUUCAUCAGUUCAGAACUGUAUCUGCUGUUACAUCUAUUGCAUGGCAUCUGAGAUUAAAGCAAUAUUAUCCUUCUUCUGAGGCGUCUUCACCAGCUGACGAGAGACCGCCGCCGGAUCAGAAUACAAGUAACCAUUCAGAUUCUAAAACAAAACAUAAGAGUGGUGUUAUUGAAAUGAGAGCUUUGAGUGCAAAAUAUAAAGAAAAGUCUGCACUAAAAAUAUCUGAAAGUCGAAAGAGCUUAGAGGGCCAAAGUAAGGAUAAAACAGAUGAAAAGAAAGAAAGACGGACAGACAAACACGAAAGGUCAGAGAAGACCGACAAGAAUGAAAAAAGCGACAAACACACACACAGGCAUAGAGACACAGAUAAACAUAGAACAGAGAAAUCAGAAGCUCGAAUUACUGAUAAAUCGGACAAAUCUUCAGAUAAAUCUGAUAAACCAGAGAUCAGGGUUUCUGAUAAGGAAAACAAAGUCGAUAAGUCAGACAACAAAUCGGAAAAAUCAGAUAAAUUGGAUAGAAACGAAAAAAUUGAUAGACCGGAUAAAGAAAGAACAGAGAAGAUUGAAAGCAGAUCAGAUAAAGCUGACAUAAAGUCCAGUGACAAGAACGAAAAGUCCUUCGAAAGAGCCGAUAAGGAAAGAACCGAUAGAUCAGACAAACCAGACAUUAAAACAGACAAAUCCGAAAGUAGGUCAGAGAAAUCUGAUAGAUCGAUAGAGAAAUCCGACCAAAAAUCAGAAAGCAGAACUGAAAAAGAAAACAGGACAGACAAGGAUAAUCGAUCGGAACGAUCAUCAGAUAAAACUCACGACCAUCACAGGCGGCACUCGUCAUCUCGUCACAAAUCGUCGCACCACAAGUCUGAGAGGUCCCGGGACCACAAAGACCACAAAAAGGACCACAAGAGCUCAGACGAUAGGAAGUACGAGAAGCAGAGGGAUAGGGAUGUGAAAGGUUUUGCCGAUUCAAAAGUGCAAAGUGAUAAGUUACCGCAAGUUAUCCAUCGACCUCCGGAUUAGUGUGUGAUUGUGUUUGAAAACAACAGGCUCUGUGAGUGGUUAGAAGAUUUGGACCUUGUGACGGCGGGUGCAAUGUCCCUUCUCUGUGUUUUAUAACAAUACGUUGUAUUGCAGUGAAAUCGUUGAUAUAAAUAAUGUUUUAAAUUAUAAUCAUGUCUAAUUUGCGUGAAUGUUACGGCUUUAUUGUAAUUGGUUAAAAUAUUAUUUGGUGUAACUUUGUAUAGUUAAAAUUAUUUUUUUAUAAAUAAUUAAAAUUGAUCUCUGUUUCGACUGCACAAGGUUCAAAAUUUCUCUAAAAACUCUUUGAGCGGAAAAAUCGUACCGUAGGAUAAUUCCCUGUAAAUAAUAGACUAAGAGUCUCGUAGAGGCUAAGCGAUGGAUGGUUGAACGCGCAGUUUUAGAUCUUUCUCGUUUACUGAUCAGUACUUAGUUUUUAAACCAUAUUUUGCUUUAUUUAAAGCAAAAUAUGGUUUAAAAAUGUGUCUUGUUUUAAUUAACAAUAAAAUGAAAUUAUUUGCAGUAUUGCACAGAUUACUAAAGUAUUCCUGGUAUUGGUUUUUCAACUGCUUCAACUGAUAAAUGAAUAUCAGUAUUAAAUACAAGUUCCAUCAAUUCACAUCUAAAACUGCGUUAUGAUUGUGAUGUAAAAGUUUUAACGAAGACGAAAAUAUAAUAAAUAAAUUUUAAGAUGAAAAAAAAUUAAUAUUCACACAUAUUUCUAAAGAACUUGCACUAAGAGUAAAAAGAUAUAUUAAUAAUAGUUAAGAUUAGAGAGUACAUUUUUUUUUGUGAUUUUUAUUAAAUUAUUUAUUACGUCCCUUGUUAAUUGCGGCUAAGGAGAUACGGAACACUAGUGUUCGAAUUAUUUAUUUAGGAAACGAAAUAUAUUUGAAUAUGUGACUAUUUUUAUCGUUAGGGGCUAAAGAUUCUAGAGAACUGAUAUAACUGUCUUCAAAGCUGCGUUUCCAUGAAAGAAAAAUUGGCAGCUUUUGUGUUCUCAACUCGCAAUUUUGACUGAAUCAUUUGCAAUUACUUAAUUUUGUAUACUUGAUGGUGACUGUCAAGAAUUUAAAAUAGUUGAAAACGCAGAAAUUGCCAACAACUUGACUGGAAAUGCUUCGUAAAGUUUAUUACUAAGAAAUAAGCUCGGAGGAGACAUAAUAUGGAUGGUGUAGGUUAAAGAACAUUUUUAUAUUGAACUUUUUAUAUUAAUAAUGCCAUUCUCAAUUUCUAAAAAUAUUCAUAAAUGACACAAAAUGAACACAAGAAAAUAUAUCUAUCAAAUGUCCUCUAAAUCAACUGAUAUUAUAUUUUGAAUUUUGGUUAUUGAAUGUCACAAUUGUGAUAUUGACAGUCAACUUUAAAGUUUAUUUAUAUUAAAAUGAUUUAAUUUGGACUUGCCACUUAUUAAGAAGUGGUGGUGAAUGACUGUUAUUAAAGUUUGAAGUUUAUUUAAAAAAAAUCUAAAUUCAAUAUCGAUUGAAUUUGAAUACACAACUUAUACCAUUCAUAUGUGAUUUUCUUUGUUUUCAAAGUUAAAAAAGUCUAUUUAGGAAGUCUUAUAUUGUAAACAAUAGUUUAUUUUUGUCAAAAAUAUAAAUAAAUUUAAGUUUCGAAAACUAUUAUAUUGAUUAUAUUUUUUAAUUAAGUUUUUUUCGAUCUGAAUUUAUCUUAGGUAUUCAAAUAAAAAU